AUGUCGACACAGACCAAGCGACGCAACUUUACCGAGCAGGAGGACAUCAUGCUACUGCGCCAGGUAUCGCUUGAAAUGCCCUUCCAGACACGCCAUGGCCAAGUUAUGGAACGGUGGGCAGCCGUCGCAUCGGCGCUGCAGGGUUCGGGCGAGUUCACCCGGGACGACAUCGACGCCAAACGUGCAUGCAAUCGCUUCAUGCUGUUGUUGGACGGCCACCGCAGAAUCAACAAGGAGUCCCAACGCGCGUCUGGUGUGUCCGAAGAAGUCGGAGAGAAGACGAUUCUUCUGGACGACUUGAUGGUUGCGUACGACGACACCAAAGUGGUCGAGGCUCAGCUUGCGGACGAAACCCGUGAGGCUGCUGACCAUGCCGAAGCAAUGGGGAGCUUUAUAAGAGCCGAGGCCAUGAAGUCCAUGGGGCCGAGGCAGAUAGUGGUGCUGGUGUAG